CCGCUCGGACAGCUUGAGUCGCGCCCUCCCGCCCGGCGCUGCCGAACUUGCUCUAACUUCCUCGGCCGACCGGGCUGCGUCGUCGCUGCCGCACCCGGGUCCUGCUUCUCAGAAGAUGCACUAUUAUAGAUACUCGAACGCCGAGGUCAGCUGCUGGUACAAGUACCUCCUUUUCAGCUAUAACAUCGUCUUCUGGUUGGCUGGCGUUGUCUUCCUCGGAGUUGGGCUGUGGGCAUGGAGCGAAAAGGGUGUGUUAUCCGACCUCACCAAAGUGACCCGGCUUCAUGGAAUCGACCCUGUGGUGCUGGUCCUGAUGGUGGGCGUGGUGAUGUUCACCCUAGGCUUCGCAGGCUGUGUGGGGGCCCUAAGGGAGAACAUCUGCCUGCUCAAGUUUUUCUGUGGGGCCAUCGUGCUCAUCUUCUUCCUGGAACUGGCCGUGGCCGUGCUGGCCUUCCUGUUCCAGGACUGGGUGAGGGACAGGUUUCGGGAGUUCUUCGAGAGCAACAUCAGAUCCUACCGGGACGACAUCGACCUGCAGAACCUCAUCGACUCCCUUCAGAAAGCCAACCAGUGCUGUGGGGCUUAUGGCCCUGAAGACUGGGACCUUAACGUCUACUUCAACUGCAGUGGUGCCAGCUACAGCCGAGAGAAAUGUGGGGUACCCUUCUCCUGCUGUGUGCCAGAUCCUGCGCAAAAAGUUGUGAACACACAGUGUGGCUAUGAUGUCAGGAUUCAGUUGAAGAGCAAGUGGGAUGAGUCCAUCUUCACAAAAGGCUGCAUCCAGGCACUGGAGGGCUGGCUCCCCAGGAACAUCUACAUUGUGGCUGGUGUCUUCAUCGCUAUCUCACUGCUGCAGAUCUUUGGCAUCUUCCUGGCGAGGACCCUUAUCUCAGACAUCGAGGCGGUGAAGGCAGGCCAUCACUUCUGAGGAGCACAGGCAACAAGCAGAGCUGAGCCACAUGUGGAGGCCAAGCCCUUCACUGUCCAGCAGGAGAAGCCGACGCAGCCACCCAGAGCUAGUGCCCUGUCUUCAGCAUCAGUGUGAUGUGACCGUCCUGUUUCUUCUUGCUGGUGCUGAAGACCGAGGCCCCUUCUCACUGCCCAGACUUGACAUGGCAUCUUUGCCGGGGUUUGCCCAGAGACAUAGAAUGUUUUCUUAUGUGGAGUAAUGACUCUGAUGAUAGAUGGCUCCUGUGGCUGCAAGGAGGGCUUGAUGGCCUUCUUAGAGCCUGAGAGCCUCUGUAGACUCUGGCCCCCUCAGGGCAGGCUCUGGCUUUCCUCAGCCGGGUCUUCUGAGGGUGGAGCAUGUGUGUGAGACCAGGAGGUGAGGGCAAGCACACCAGAUCAGGAAGCACAGGUCCUGCACUAGUUGUGAAGGGACAAAUGGCCUGCUGGGCCCCCAAAUGCCAGCAGGGUUUGUGGUGGUGUCAGAAACCAGGGGUUGUUUGCAGGAUCUUCAGCCAUGUCCACAUGAAGUAAACCUGAGCCAGUGUACGGCUGGUGCUGGGGGAGCAUCUUGCCACUGCCCUCCAAGCCCACACUGCUCUUCCAGGGCAGAACGGCUGCUUGUCCCCAUAGCAUUAAGCCCCGGGGCUCUGCUGAGAGCCAGCUCUCCUGUUCUUAAAGCAUGUAAAUAGUUUAUUUAUAGGGGUAAGAGUGUUCCCACACCAUGUCUUCAUUUCCUCUUCCUCCCCAGCAUUCUCCUCUCAACAGCCUUACCCAGUGUCUGGGACCAAGCCGUCCCUUUCAGUUCUCUGUCUCAAGAACCAGCUGUGACAGCCUUUCCCUCCAGUCCAUGUGUUCCUCUUUCUCUGUGCACCCCCACCUGCCCCACUUGGCCUCACUGUCUUCUGGUCUUGGUGCUACUGAAACUGCCACCCAGAACUUGAAUCCCCACUCACCCUCCUUCCCCACCACCCACCAGGGAGCCCCAAUCCUAGAUGGCAAACUGGAAACUGGGCUCCUAUCUUGGCCACAUGCAGCUGGUGACCCGGAAUGUGUUGUCCCUGGAGGGCAGCGCUCUAGUCAAGCCCUGGUGAGCUACAGACCCCAGGUGCUUGGGACGUCUCAUUUCUAACUUUUGUAGUGACUCCUCUGCCUGGAUGUCUUUGGUCACGUUCUGACUUCCUGUUCUGGGGCUGCUCUUGGAAAUGAUGUCUGUCUUACGUUCUGAAUACCCCUGAGGCAUGGUUGGGCAUCUGUCCAUCUUGGGCUGGGCUACUCUCUAAUGCUUCUCUGUAGCUUGUACCUGUUCUUACUGUUCAGGGAUUGAGUGCUGCCUUCAGUUACUUGCCGAGGUGUACAUUCUAAUGUGGUGUAUACUGGUGAUACUGGUGGGUGUGUGUUCAUGAUGAUGAUGAUGAUGAUGAUGAUGUCAUAAUUUUUUUUAUAAUUCUCUAUAGAGGAAGAAGAAUGCUUGUGUUUUUAGGAAGUGUGAUGCUUCUCUUGGACUGCCAAACUCUUUUAUGGAAUAUAUCUUUAUAUUAAUGCU